AUGUCUAACGUCAAGCGCAUCGUCGUCUUAUUAGGUUUCUCAUCGGGUAUUCUGGCCAGCCCGUUGAUCGCGAAGGUUUCCAGCGAAGGCACUAUCAUUCCCGACAAGUACAUCGUUCGCGUUGCUUCAGGCACCCAUGACAUAGACUUUGAGAGCCACUUGAGCUGGGUUACCAACGUCCAUAAGCGCAGCCUGUCUCGUCGGAGCACUACUGGGGUUGAGAAGACCUUUAGCGUCGGCGACUUCAAAGCUUACGCAGGCGAGUUCGACUCUGAGACAAUUGCGGAGAUUGAAAAGGACGGAUAUGCCGUCAGCAUCGAGCCAGACCGAGUUGUCGAGGCGGCAGCCUUGGUCACACAAGCGGCUGCUCCGUGGGGACUUUCGAGCCUAUCUUCGAAAACUCCCCUAGCAGACGGCAGCAGCUCCAGCCCUUACAUAUUCGAUAGCACCGCUGGAGAAGGGACCUACGCCUACGUUCUUGACUCAGGAGUCACCAUUGAGCAUGCAGAACUCGGGGGGCGCGCCAUUCGAGGCUACAACGCCUGGGAACCGAAUUACCCUUUUGAAGACGAAUUCGGCCACGGCUCUCAUGUUGCCGGUAUUAUUGGCGCAGCUACAUACGGCGUGGCGAAGAAGGCGACCGUCGUCGACGUCAAGGUCGUUCGGGGCCUUGGCUACUCAACGGUUGCUCAUGUCUUGGAUGGGUACAGCUGGGCCGUGAACAAUAUCACCAAUACCCCAGGACGGGUCUCCAAGGCUGUCAUUAACAUGAGCCUAGCUUUCCCAAAGAGCGACGCGAUGAACUCUGCAGUAGAUGCAGCUUUCGAUCUGGGUGUCGCAACCGUGGUCGGUGCCGGGAAUGAUGGUAAAGACGCUUCGAUCAAGUCUCCCGCCUCAGCUCAGAAAGCCAUCACUGUCGGCGCGGUCGCUUGGAAUUGGACUCGUGCGGACUGGAGCAACUUUGGGGCCGACGUCAACAUCUUCGCGCCCGGUCUCGACAUCCCAUCGCUUUGGAGGCAGCCUGGACAGGUGUCGGUGGUUUCUGGAACGUCCAUGGCAACACCCCAUGUCGCCGGACUCGUUGCCUAUCUCCAGGCAUUGUAUCCCCUGGAGAAUGCGGCAGCUGUUGUAGAGAAGUUGAAUGAGCUCGCAUUCAAGGGCGUUGUAGGGAAUUCGGGAAGUGGGAGCGCAAACGUCCUCGCUCACAGCGGUGUUGUCUCCGUCUGA